CGCUCUUCCUGUGCGCCUCCUGGCGUCUGUGUGGCGCCGGCUCCUCAGCUCCGAGCUGUGAAGGUGACAGCGGGAGGUGACCGGCCUGGUCCCGGCUAUGCUGGCGGCACGGCGGCUUCUCGGCGGGUCGCUCCCCGCUCGUGUAUCAGUGCGUUUCAGCGGCGACACGACAGCACCUAAGAAAACCUCAUUUGGUUCGCUGAAGGAUGAAGACCGGAUCUUCACCAACUUGUAUGGCCGCCAUGACUGGAGGCUGAAAGGUGCUCAGAGUCGAGGUGACUGGUACAAGACAAAGGAGAUUCUGCUGAAGGGCCCUGAGUGGAUCCUGGGUGAAAUCAAGACGUCGGGCCUGCGGGGCCGUGGGGGUGCUGGCUUCCCCACUGGCCUCAAAUGGAGCUUCAUGAAUAAGCCCUCGGAUGGCAGGCCCAAGUAUCUAGUGGUGAAUGCUGAUGAAGGGGAGCCGGGCACCUGUAAGGACCGGGAAAUUAUGCGCCAUGAUCCUCACAAGCUGGUAGAAGGCUGCUUAGUAGGGGGCCGGGCUAUGGGUGCCCGGGCUGCCUACAUCUACAUCCGCGGGGAAUUCUACAAUGAGGCCUCCAAUCUGCAGGUGGCCAUCCGAGAAGCCUAUGAAGCAGGUCUGAUCGGCAAGAAUGCCUGUGGCUCUGGCUAUGACUUUGAUGUGUUUGUGGUCCGUGGAGCUGGAGCCUACAUCUGUGGAGAGGAGACCGCACUCAUUGAGUCCAUUGAGGGCAAACAGGGCAAGCCACGCCUGAAGCCACCCUUCCCCGCAGAUGUGGGAGUGUUUGGAUGCCCCACAACUGUGGCCAAUGUGGAGACAGUAGCUGUGUCUCCCACCAUCUGCCGUCGUGGAGGUUCUUGGUUUGCUGGCUUUGGCCGAGAACGUAAUUCUGGUACCAAACUGUUCAACAUCUCCGGCCAUGUCAACCACCCUUGCACCGUUGAGGAGGAGAUGUCUGUGCCUCUGAAGGAGCUGAUUGAGAAGCAUGCCGGAGGUGUCACAGGUGGAUGGGACAACCUCCUUGCUGUGAUCCCUGGUGGCUCAUCCACCCCACUGAUCCCCAAGUCUGUGUGUGAGACGGUGCUGAUGGACUUUGAUGCACUGAUACAGGCCCAGACAGGCCUGGGCACAGCUGCGGUGAUCGUCAUGGACCGCUCGACGGACAUCGUGAAAGCCAUAGCCCGCCUCAUUGAAUUCUAUAAGCACGAGAGCUGUGGGCAGUGCACCCCAUGCCGUGAAGGUGUGGACUGGAUGAACAAGGUAAUGGCUCGCUUCGUGAAGGGGGAUGCCCGGCCAGCUGAGAUCGACUCCUUGUGGGAGAUCAGCAAGCAGAUAGAAGGCCACACCAUUUGUGCGCUGGGUGAUGGGGCUGCCUGGCCAGUGCAGGGUCUGAUUCGCCACUUCCGGCCAGAGCUGGAGGAUAGGAUGCAGAGGUUUGCCCAGCAGCACCAAUCCUGGCAGGCAGCCUCUUGAACCUUUGCCAUGCUUCCUCGUCUUUUUGGGACAAUAAAGUGUCACCCACUCUCCAAUCACA